GUUCCUUGUGUAGGUGGAGACAUUUCUACUCCACAGCAUUCAGGCACAUUAGAUCUCUCCAGGAACAAGCUGAGGAUUUAUCAUAAUGGAAGAAAAAGAAUAUCAAAAAAGACAUCAAUCAAACUGGAUAAUUUUUCUUUGACCACUAAACACUUGUGGCUGUCUGAGGUUGCCUGAAGUUCCCCGGCGGCGCCCGGCAGGACGGGGAGCGCCACGGCUGCGGCUGGCGGGGACCCUACAGUGGCUGCUGCAGCAUGGGCUGGCUCAGGGGGAUUGCCUUGCUUUCCUUGGGAGUAUUACUAGCGGGAAGAGUCAACUGCCAGCAUGUGAAGAAUAACGUGCCAAGGCUCAAAUUAUCCUAUAAAGAAAUGUUGGAAUCCAACAAUAUAAUCAAUUUCAAUGGACUAGCUAACAGCUCCAGUUACCACACUUUCCUCUUGGAUGAAGAACGGAGUCGGCUGUACGUUGGAGCAAAGGAUCACAUAUUUUCCUUCAACCUGGUUAACAUCAAAGAAUAUCAAAAGAUUGUUUGGCCUGUGUCUCAUUCCCGAAGGGAUGAGUGCAAGUGGGCUGGAAAAGAUAUUGUGAGAGAAUGUGCUAAUUUCAUCAAGGUGCUGAAGGCUUACAACCAAACCCACCUGUAUGCUUGUGGAACAGGGGCUUUUCAUCCAGUCUGCACCUAUAUUGAAGUUGGAAGCCAUCCUGAGGACAACAUCUUUAGAAUGGCAGAUUCACAUUUUGAAAAUGGGCGGGGGAAAAGCCCUUAUGAUCCCAAACUGCUGACAGCUUCGCUUUUAGUAGAUGGAGAACUGUACUCUGGCACAGCAGCAGACUUCAUGGGCAGGGACUUUGCCAUUUUCCGAACUCUGGGGCAUCACCAUCCCAUCAGAACAGAGCAGCAUGACUCCCGGUGGCUAAAUGAUCCCAGAUUUAUCAGUGCUCACCUGAUACCAGAGAGCGACAAUCCAGAAGAUGACAAAAUCUAUUUCUUCUUCCGAGAAAAUGCAAUUGAUGGAGAGCACACUGGAAAAGCCACUCAUGCCAGAAUAGGGCAGAUCUGCAAGAAUGACUUUGGUGGACACAGGAGCCUUGUUAACAAAUGGACAACUUUCCUCAAAGCACGUCUGAUUUGUUCUGUGCCAGGACCCAAUGGCAUUGACACACACUUUGAUGAACUACAGGAUGUGUUCCUAAUGAACUCAAAAGACCCUAAAAAUCCAAUAGUCUAUGGGGUGUUUACAACUUCCAGUAAUAUCUUCAAGGGAUCAGCAGUGUGUAUGUACAGCAUGACUGAUGUGAGGAGGGUAUUUCUUGGUCCCUAUGCCCACCGAGAUGGCCCAAACUACCAGUGGGUUCCCUACCAAGGGCGAGUGCCAUAUCCACGGCCAGGAACUUGUCCCAGUAAAACAUUCGGAGGUUUUGAUUCCACCAAGGACCUUCCUGAUGAAGUUAUAACAUUUGCCAGAAGUCAUCCAGCUAUGUACAACCCAGUAUUCUCCAUUAACAACCGUCCAAUCAUGAUUAAAACAGACGUGGAUUAUCAGUUCACACAAAUUGUGGUAGAUCGAGUAGAUGCAGAAGAUGGCCAAUAUGAUGUGAUGUUCAUUGGCACAGAUAUUGGAACAGUUCUUAAAGUGGUUUCAAUUCCUAAGGAGACUUGGCAUGAAUUAGAGGAAGUCUUGCUGGAAGAAAUGACAGUCUUUCGGGAACCUACUGUUAUUUCAGCAAUGAAGAUUUCCACAAAGCAGCAACAACUCUACAUUGGCUCAGCCACUGGAGUUUCACAGCUUCCUUUGCACCGCUGUGAUGUGUAUGGAAAAGCAUGUGCUGAGUGUUGCCUUGCAAGAGACCCUUACUGUGCCUGGGAUGGUUCAUCUUGUUCACGUUACUUCCCCACUGCUAAGAGGCGUACUAGACGACAAGACAUCCGAAAUGGAGACCCGCUUACCCACUGCUCAGACCUGCAGCAUCACGAUAACCCAAGUGGUCACACCCUGGAGGAAAAGAUUAUCUAUGGAGUAGAGAAUAGCAGCACUUUUCUUGAGUGCAGUCCAAAAUCUCAGCGUGCCGUAGUCUACUGGCAAUUCCAGAAGCAAAAUGACGAUCGCAAAGAAGAGAUAAAAGUGGGUGAUCACAUGAUCCGGACAGAACAGGGCCUAUUGCUACGAAGUCUCCACCGGAGAGACUCUGGUGUUUAUUUCUGCCAUGCUGUGGAGCAUGGCUUCAUGCAAACUCUGCUCAAAGUGACCCUGGAAGUGAUUGAUACUGACCACCUGGAAGAGCUGCUCCACAAAGAAGAGGAUGGCGAUGCCUCCAAGAUCAAGGAUGCUACCAACAGCAUGACCCCCAGUCAAAAGAUCUGGUACAGAGACUUCAUGCAGUUAAUCAACCACCCCAAUCUCAACACAAUGGAUGAGUUCUGUGAGCAGGUUUGGAAAAGAGACCGCAAACAGCGCCGGCAAAGGCCUGCCAACGCGCAGGUGAACACAAAUAAGUGGAAGCACCUACAGGAGAAUAAAAAAGGUAGGAACAGGAGGACCCAUGAAUUUGAGAGGGCACCACGGAGUGUCUGAGCUUCAUUACCUCUAGGAACCUCAUCCAAGUAGAAACUUGUAUAGACAGAUAACUGGAAAAAAAUGCAAUAUUCAUGAACUUUUUCAUGGCAUUAUGUGGAUGUUUACAAGAGUGGAAAAUUCAAACAAUUUCCACUAGGUUUAAAUAAAAUCCAUUUCUAACUUUCCUAGCAAUUCCUUCCUCUCUGCUCUAAGAUCAGAAAGACCAGAGUUUCAAGGAUGAUAACUCACCCAGACCUAACUUACUGUUCAAAAAGUUCUACAAGUAUUCAACAGGCAAGUUUUGCUUUCUCUUUUGCCAGAGAUAUAAACAAAAUGCUGAAUUUCAUGCUGUCAUCUUACUGAAAAGAAAAACAACCCCCACCUUUCAUCAUCAGCACUACCAUUUCUAGACUUAUAUAUAAAACUGCAUGAACUCAUUAAGCUGAUGAACGUCUAAACACGUGAUCGGACACAAGGAUUUUGUUCGUUUUGUCUACCAGUUCUCCUGUUUAUAUGUGCUAGAAGGGGAAAAACAAUACUGAAUGAGAUUGAUUGUGGAAAUCUGAACAACAUAAGCCAUCCAUCAUCUGGAAGAAAAAAAAUGUGGAGUACACUGGCCUACUACUGAUGACUUCUUUCCGCUUUGAUCUAAAGAUGUAUUUUAUUAAAACUAUAAUUUAAAUGUACCAUGAAAAAUAUGCAGCAAACAUUAGCUCCUUUCUAAAAUAGAUUAGGCUUUUUGUCUUAGAAAUAUUGUACUUCCUAAUUAUUGGAUUAGAGGAAAAAAAGACAACUUCCAAUUAUGAGCUGCUUUACUCUUUUGUUUGGAAAAACUUCUAGGGGAGCUAGUCACACUACAGUUAACCUCCUCCCCUCUCAGUAAUCUAUAUGACAUGUAACUUCAAAGCAAUUUUAAAACUAAGCUAUUUUAACAUGAAAGUCACUGUAUAGCAUGGAAGUAUUCUGCAUUCUGUUCUUCUAAGUAUGGUAUUUGAAAUUAUUCAACUUGUCUAAUACCUAAUAGAUUGAACCAAUGAAGAGGAGAGCAUUGAUUUUCAGUUGUAUAUUUUUUUUUAAUUAAAAAAAUACAAGUAGCAUUAAAAUAUCCUCUACUAAUUACACUCUUGCUUUCUUGGUUCAUAUUUGUGAAUGCUAAUAUUUAAAUACUGUGGCUCAUAAACUGUCAUAUACCCAUGAGCAAAGCUCAUAUUCAGUUUAAGGAGUUGUGUUCCCAGCUCUGUGGUAGAAAUAUGUCCUCACUACUGAUUCUCAGUGCUCCAUUCUUUCUGUGGGCCAGAUCACCCAAAUGCAAAGAACCAGCACUAAAUAGUAACCUCAAAGCCCCAUUUUGAGAUCUGAGGGACAGUUUUAUCUGUGGGUGAAAUCUGCUGCAGUAGUCAAUUGGUGAAAUUCAGCUUAAGACUAGUAUAAUUUGGUCCUGCACUUCUGUCUUAUUCUAUAUACAGGAGAGCAACAGGGUAAACCAGAUAAUGUACUUGCACCGUAAGUGUCAGUUUAGGGUUAUAAGUAGUGGAUUUAUUCACCUCAGCACAGAUGUGCCUUUGGUCCCCAGUUCUAUGGUGUCCAGUUCUUUUGAGAUCAUCUUUCUCCAGCCUCCCAUAUUUUAUCUUGGUAGAGUCUGUAAAUGACAUAAUUUCAAAUAAUGUCAUUGUGGGGAAAAUUACUAAAACAAAAUCCUUAGUUUGCUAAAGGAGCUUUUAUAUAAAAGUGUGUCUGCACUGAUGACUGAUCUGUUUUGUUGUUAUUCAUGCCAGGUUAUUUAAUUUAUCUAUUGCUACACUAUCAAUCAGGCUUACCAGGUACAGUAUAACACAACUGCUGUGACAGCUUCUCUCACAAUAUGCCCAAGUCUCCUUGCCUCUCACUGAUUCAAGUAUCCCUCUGCUUAGCGAAGUCUUGACUUCUCGCCUCCAUAGCAAUUGGAUUUUCACUAAGCCCAGUUACUUUGGUCCCCUUUGAAUCCUUUGCAGGGGAUGAACUGGCAAGAUUUUUUGUCAUUUAAUUCUUUAGCAAAAAAAUCAUUGAAUAGACCAGGACAGGGCUGUAUGGCCAUGAUUUAA